GCCCUCCCCCAGCCCUGCAGCCCCUCUCCAGCAGCAAAGAGAACCAAAGCCUUGCACUGGGAUGUCGUUCCUUGUGACAAGAUUCAGAAAUCUGUCUGGGGGUCGUGUGACCCAUGCAAGAGAAAAAUAGACGUCUGCAGGCUGUGUGAGCAGUUCCAGAUCCAGGACACAGCAGUGCUUUUGGGCAGCGAGCCUUCAGUGAAUCAGCACAUCCUGCUGGACAGAAAAGUUGCACAUAACUUCAGCAUUUUUCUUAAAAGUUUCCGUAUAAAACCGAGUGAGCUGAAGGACAAACUCUUCAUCAUCCACGAGGAGAAUGGUGGGCUCACAGAUGAGCAGAUUACAGCACUGAGAAGAUAUUUGCCCACACCCAAAGAUGCAGGAAGGUACCUGUCCUUCAAGGGCUCUUGCUCAGAGCUGCACGUGGUUGACCAGUUUAUGUUCGAGAUGUGUAAAAUCCCUCAGCUGGGCCAGAGGUUGGAUCUCCUGCUCCGUGUCCGUGAGCUCCCCGAGAGCAUCAGAGAUCUGGAGCCUCUGAUAAUCCAGAAUAUCCAAGCGAGCAAGCAGCUGCAGUCCAGCCCAAAGUUUGUUGCUGUUUUGGAGUACAUUUUAGCCAUGGGGAACCAUCUGAAUGAGAAAGCUGGUAAAGAGGUGGCUAAAGGAUUCCGACUGUCAUCUCUGGCCAAACUGCCUCUGCUGAGGGGCAAGGAGAGGACGUUCACCCUUCUCCACGCCCUGGUGGAGCAGAUCCUCCUACACCAGCCCGAGCUGGCCACGUUUCCUCAGGAGCUGACAGAAUUUGAAGCUGUUCCUGAUGCGUCCAUGAAGGGCCUCAGUGCUGAAGUUGAUGUUUUAAAAAAGGAACUGGAGAACCUUAUCCAGUGCAGGAGGCUCAUUAAACCCAAAGCAAGCAAGGCAACACCUCAGGAGUCCCAGUUCUGCAAGGAGCUAAAGGAUUUAAUUCAGAAAUAUGAAGGGGAUCUCUCCCAGCUGUCAAAAAGAUGUGAGGAAAUGAAGAAGCUUUAUAGCAACGUACUGGUGAAGUUUGGGGAGCCUCCAGACCUGGACUCCCAGGAACUCUUUGGGUGGAUAUCGUCGUUCAUCACUGGGUUUAGGAAGGCGUGUGCUGAAGUCACACCAUAAAAAACCAAAUUUUAUGGAGAGCUGAGGGAAGGAGGAGCCCAGAAAACAGUUUUUAAUUGUUUUUUAUUUUAUAAUGAUCAGCAGCACAUUGCCAGUCUCACCUGUGCAACAGAACACCUUGAUUUGGAGAGAAAUUCAAUUUAUAAUGUGUAACUUUCAGUGGUAUUUAACCUGUAAUAUCCCAGAUCACUUAUGAACCUCUCAAUUUUGUGCUUUUGUACCUUCAGAUUCCCAUAUAUUGAGAAAAGAAACACUUUCAACCUUUCAUAAUUCCUCUUUUCCAUUUUUCCCUUUGAAUGCCCCAGCUUCUGACCCAGUUUUAAUUAUUAUUUUCAAUGAGUAACUUUCUGUGUGCUGAUGGAAUUUCUAAAGAAUACUUCACACGUUUUAUAAUGAAAUGGGGAGCUGAUGCCCACAGAGGAGAAUAUUUUAACAAAUUCUUGUUUAUUUUGCUAUUAAAACAUUGCAAAUGUGGUAUGUAAUGAAGAAAGUCUGAGUGUUUUAUUUUGCUCUGUCCCCCCUAAGCAGGACAAAAAAAAAAUAGCAUUUUUUUAUGGCUAAUUUCAUGUAUUUGCCAUAAAUGCUAUAGAAAUUGAUCAAUAUUUAAGAUUUGCAUUGGCAGGAAGAGAAAAAUGUCAGAGCAACAAGACAAAAAAGUACAUCUAAGGAAUGGA